AUCCAGAAAGAAAGGGCCGCCAGAGAAGCCGAAGAGGCCGAAACCCAGUUGGAAAUGACAAAAAUAUCGACAGAGUUGCAUGUGCUGCAGCUAGAAGGAGAAGGAGAAGCUGCCAGGGUGGAAGCAAAGUACAUAGAACAAGCUGAAGGGUCGCGUGAUCUGACCGAAGUAAGAUCUACUUUAGAAAGGACCAGACUGGAACGCACAAGCGACUAUGUACAACAUCAAAUAGACAGGCAGGCUCGUCUCCCCUCUCCAUACGUAUUCGAUAACUUCCCCAGCUACGAGGAACCUCAGAGAGUCACGAUUGCAUCACAUCCAUACGAGGAAGGAAAUUUACCCUCACGGCUCCGUGAUGAAGUCAAGAAUGAAAGAACCGACAACGCUCCUUCACCCCCACAACAGGACGGCGGGGAGGGAGAGGUUCACUCCAGGACAACAAUUGUCAGCUCGAACUGUACAGAAGUUUGCGGUCAAACUCAGUCAAGCCGUUCUUGUUCCGAGAUCUGCCUCACUGAGGUGUACCCUAAAGAAGCACAACAAGACAUUACCAAGCGUAAAGUAACCGACGAGACGCUAGGUCAGUCAGUUUUCGUUCAAACCGAGCACGGAAACAAACUUGCACAAUCAGCUCAAGAUACCAUUUCUUUAAAACCCAAAGACACCAAGGUCUUCAGAGAUGAAGCAAAUAAUGGGGUUGCCCCAUUGCCAAUCAGAGAACCACGCCAGCGCUCACCAGAUAACAAAGAGCAGGCAGUCAAACGGUUCACGUCCUUACGGAAAACCUGGAAAAGGAAACCUGAGAUGCAGCAACGCACCCGAUUGGCCCACGAGGUACUGUGCACCCUAAUGGCAGAGGUCACAGCCAUUAUAAACGCACAAUCAUUCCUACCUGUGUCUUCUGACCCAGAAAACCCCUUUAUACUUUCGCCAUCAACGCUCCUUACGCAGAAGGCAGGAGCACCUCCUCCACCAGGAGACUUCUCAGACAAGAAUUUGUACACAAAACAAUGGAGACAAGUCCAGGCUCUGGCAAAUCAGUUCUGGCCUCGCUGGAGACAAAAAUAUCUACCCUCGUUGCAACAGAGACAAAAGUGGACAGGACCCCACAGGAAUCUGGCCAACGGCCAGAAUCACUGCUACAUUCCCUAGCGGGGAUGGACAUGUCAGGAAGAUCGAAUUGAAGACUACCGACCAAGGCGAUGUGAAAAUUUACCAAGGGCCAGUUACAGAAGUUAUUCUACUUCUACCCAAUGACUGAUUAAGAGACUAAGUUUUGUACUCUGCUCAUUGUGACCUUACGAAGGUCAAGCGGGGAGUGUGCUGUCUUUACGACAGUUAUUUAGUUUAUAAUAUUUUCGCUUAGUAAUUCAUUCAAUAGUAUUUUCUAGUUAGAAUUAGAAGUGUUUAAAGUGUAUUCAUUGCAUGUAAAAUAUAUCGGCAUGCGAUGACGUCACAUCCGGUUUCGCCGCGUCUUGUGGGAAAACACCGGUUUGAAAUUAGCGCGAGGGUGGGGGCUUUCCACGAGGCUCACCUGAGCACAAGCAGUUUUGCAGGCAUGAGAAAUCACAGUGAGAGCAACGCUUUUUCACCAUAUGUUAAUGUGAAGAGUGAACAGUAAAUGGUUAAUCUUACUGCGAUCUGGUUCUUAUUAACUGUGGUUUAUCCGGACGUUAAAUUCGGCGUUUCGUUACACCCGAAGGAGAACGUUACAAUACUCAUAUAAACUGGUAUUAUUGCCCAUGUUAGUUUAGGUUUAUUUUUUUUAAUAUACAUUUCUUCGUGCAUUUUUACUUUUUUUUUCUUUUGAUGACUAUUUUUAUUCUUUUUCAUGUUCAAUCAAAAUAGGUUUGAUUGUUUAUUAUAAGUUUUUUUUGGUUGAUAUUUAAUAAGAUAUUGUUAUCCUAUUAUAAAUUUAACUUUAAAUCUAAUGCAUUUAUAACCUAUCUAUAUUAUGUUAUGUUUCUCUUUAUAUAUAUGAAUUUCAAUAAAAAGAUUGAAAGGAAUAAUCACAGUCUUGGGACCUUGAUCACCUACGUCAUGACGACGAGCAUCUGCGGGGAUUAUACUAGCUUGUGACCUGAGUUUCACAGUGUUGCAUCUUUCAGGGGUGGAACAACGCAGUAGGUGUCCAUCUUACCUUUUAAGCAAAAACAGCUCUCCAAUAGUGAUUGGCCCGUAGAAGGAACAUUGCAGCCCUCCCACUAGCUUCCAUUUAGCUGUUAACUUCAUGGUGCCCGCAGAGUUUGAAUCUAGUGUGUGGUAACCAAACACUCUCUGGGUUAUUACGGGCUUAUUGCCAGUGCCAUGGGAACAGUAAACACUGGAGGUGUGCUGCAGUAAAGAGGGCCCAUGUGCACACUUUAGAUAAGUAUUUGCCACUGUGCGUAGGGUUAGUGUCUAUUUUGUCCUGCUGCUUCAGGUGCUCAGUUUAGAUCAAAGGGUUUACUGAAUGUUUAAUUUCUGCCUUGUAAAUAAAUAGUUAACCUAUUUACCAAUAUUGAGUCUUUUCUGUCCCCACACAAACCCAGAAACCAACGAUAAAUUAUAAAAGGGGCAUGGAACAGCUUUUGUUUCAGCCCUAUCUCAAGUCCCCCUUCUCAACUGCGCUUCAAUAAGAUUGUAUCGUCAAAUACAACUGUACUCCAUCCCUCCC